AAAUAGCCGAUACGUUUUCAUUACACCAUUUCUUUUCUUUUGAAAACUACUUUGCUAUUGAGCAGCUUAAUUAAUUUACACCUGCGUUGAGUUUAAACUAACUUCAUACCAAGACCUGCAGUUUUUGAUAAGUUAGCUGUUUAAAGAUAGGUGAUUAGAAAGCAACCUGCAGAGUAUAAUUGAGAAAAAGAGGUGAAAAAGAAGAGAUAGACAUGCCCCCGCCACUGGCAAUGAAGAUGGGUCUCACCCCCAACUGUGGGGUAUGUGGGGAGAAAGUGUACCUGAUGGAGCAAGUGCUGGCCAUGGGUCAGAGUUUCCACAAGAAGUGCUUCAAGUGCUCUAACUGCAAGAAGCUACUGGAAGCAACUUCCUAUGCAGAACACGAAGGGAAGUUGAUGUGCAAAGCAUGCAAGAACAAGAUGCCCAGAAGCAACUCAGUGAAUGUGGGCAUAAGACCUGGACAUAUCCAGGUUCAGAGCUCCAAUUCUGUGCAGAACGGGGUCGCAUCUCCUGCUAUUCCGGCGGGCGUGGUGCUGAGACGGGACAGCGCGCGCAAGGCAGCGCCUCCUCCGCCCGUGGAGACAGUGGAAACAGUGGAGCCUCGACCGAAAGCAACUCCUCGACAACCAGAAAUGCCCAAAAUUAAAACGACCGCUCCACUCCUCGUGCGAAGCAACACGACUCCCAUCAAAGUCGCCGACACCACUGACAGCAAGUUCGGAUCUACGAACUCCAGCUUUGUGCCUGUGUCGCACUACAAGAAAGCCGACACGUCGUUCAACUCGACGUCGGAGAAGUCAUCAGUUAGAGCUGAGUCAGUCACGAGUAACCUGUCGCAAAACGAGAGCAGCGCUUAUCACUUCGUCGACCAAAACGCAAUCAGUUCGAAGUCUUCAGCAUCAGUCUCGACGUCAUCGAAAAGUUCGACUCCGAUUGCGAACACGCCAAUCAAGAACUCUGCGUUCUCCCCGACUGGCGUCACAGUUCAGAAAGUUAAGCAAGAUCUUUUUGAACCACGUGAGACUCCGAAACCUCCGCCAAAAGGCUUCGAAAGACCUGUUAGCUUGAGUGAGUUCAUUAAGACGAAUGUUAAGAAAAUCAAAUCAGACAGUGAGUCAGAAAGUGAGUCAGACCCGGAAAUUGUGCCUCCGCCUCCCGCCAUGUUUUCAUCGCCGGUUGAAAAUAAGGACGCCGAAUCAAACUUUAAAAUGAAACAUGCCGACGUAAGUUUCACUAAAGACGAAGAAACUAAAGCGUAUGGUGAAAAUCAGAAAGAGUUCGCAAACUUCAAUCGGGAACCGAAAGGACGCUGGCAGCUUGAGCAGACGCUGGACCAGUCGAACAUUCGGUUAAAAAGUGCUGACAAGAGUUUCGAUAAGACCAGUGACGAAGAAGCCGAAAAUGAUGCUGUCGACAAAGAAGAAAGCAACACGAGAAUGAAAUACAAGGAUGUUAAUUUCAACAAAGCUGAAGACGUUACAACUGCUGGCGAAGCAAAAAGUUUUGAAGUCAAAAAGUUGAAUGAAGGGAUUAAAAAAAUUGGCAAGAGGUCCGAUAAGGAUGUUAAUUUCGAGAAAACUGAAGACGUUACGGCUGCAGGCGAAGCAAAUAGUUUUGAAGUCAAAAAAUUGAAUGUAGGGAUAAAAAGUGUUGGCAAGAGAAUCGAUAAGACGAGUACUCAAAAAGCCGGAAGUGAUAACGAAGAGAGCAACGUGAAAUUGAAACAUGUCGAUGUUAGUUUCGAGAAAACUGAAAUUACGAGCGCAGGAGCCAACAAAGAGACAUUGGAAAUUCAUGUUCCGGGUUCAGUAGGAGUUGUCAAAAUCAUUCACAAUGGCAAAGAACAUAUCAUAGCUUUAUGAGAAGUAAAAGAUUUAAACAGUCUUUCAAUUAAUUUUUUCUACUGCAAAUUGCUUAUCUUACAACAAGUUGCAAAAACUCCGGUAGUCGGAAUUAAUUAAAAGAUUACCUGCAAUUUUGAGUUUUCAGGCAAAUUUGAGCUUAGCUGCAAUUUUGGAUUUUUAUUUUGAGACUACCUGCAAAAUUAU